CGCGACAGUCGAACAACCCGUCAACGAGCAGCUGCUCCUCUCCCUCAGACUCGUACCAUUGCCAUCGGCUCCUUGGCCUUCAUAUACAAAGCUUGGAUUUCGAGACUUGACUUGACCUCCACACGUCGCCGGACUUGCUUUCGCGAAGUUUCUGUUGACGGAAACUAGCCACUUAUAUUUGACUUGUUGAAAUCGGACGCUUGAAAGAGAAAACAUUGGGUAGACAUGGCCGGCGAUCGUCUCGAGGAACUUGUACUCUCGGGUGAACUCUUCAACGGGCCCUCCCGUUCCUCAUCACCCUCCCGCUCUCCUUCCCCAGACUCCACCCCGUCCCGCCCCUGGCCUACCGAAGACAUCUCGGAUGCGAACACGGACGCUGCCUACACGCCCAACAUAACCACCACCGCCAAUACCGACGUCCACGACCCCAAUGCUAGCGUCGGAACGGGCCCAGGUCGAACGGGUGUAAAAGGCGUCAUUCGCGAUCAUGACGAGGCUGCAGCGCUCUCUCGGGCGCACCGCGCAAGCGAAAUCACUGCUCUGAAUCGCGCUAUGGAACGGGCAUCGCUUGGAGGGAAGACAUUCCUGGAGGAAGAGGCCGAUAAAUUGAAGGAGAGGAUCGAGAAGGGAGAGACGGAGAAGGAGGUGUUGGAGGAUGGCUCGCCGUUUGCGAUGGGGAUGGGGAGUGGGAUGGUGGGGAGAAUGGUGGAUGGAAUGAAGCGGAGAAGGUUUGGGCAUCUCAGAGAGGUGGGGGAAAAGGGCUAUGUUAAUGCGGUGGAGGGGGAGAAGGGAGACGUCUGGGUCGUGGUGCACAUUUAUGACCCGGUACUUGACCGUUGCGAGCGUAUAGACGACACACUCGUGCGUCUCGCCCGCAUGCACUCCGACACCAAGUUCAUCCGCUGCCGUGCCAGCGCCAUCGGCUUCGCAUCCUCAUCUUCGUCACCGUCAUCCGCUUCCGCAUCCGGCCCUCCCAAAAAACCAAUUCGUUCCGCCGUUCUAUCCUCCAUAGACGAGGAUAAUCCAUAUGAGAACGAGAAGGCUGGUUAUGAUGCUGAAGAGGGUGAAGAAGAUUGGGAUGAUGAAGAGGGAGACGAUGGUGUGGAUACGGACAUGUUGCCGACGAUGUUGGUGUAUAAGGCCGGGCAGUUGGUGCACAACUGGGUGAGGGUGGAUUGGGAGGCGGGUGAGGCGGGGGUGAAGGAUUUGUUAGAGAGGAAUCAUAUCAUCGAGCCAAAACGGAUGAGUACUGCUACUAUUGGACUACCCAUGGACGACGAGGACGAUAUCGGAUUGAACGCCUCGUAGGGUCGAGGAGACUCCCGCUCGUCGACUUCGUCUGCCCGUCGAGUUUUGACCGCCAUACUACCAUAGAGGAAGUCCUCCCGCUCAAGGGUACAGGCUUCGUAUUUAUUACUGCUUCCAUUAUAUUUAAUUACCAGCAUCUUUAUUACUCACAUACCUCACAGUACUCUUGAGUGUUCUCUAGACAAUAAUCCCUCGCCGUCUUGAAUAAUGGUUCUGUGCACUAUCUUUAACCGAACUCGUACAAACAUAUAUAUUGGUACAUGUCGAUCCAUUGGACUUUAGGCUUCUACUGCUUAUAUCUACUUGUCUGUGCAUAGCUUAUCCUACCUUUAUGUCUGGAAUCCCCAUAGAACCACGGUGGAUAUAUAUCGCACCGUUCAGAUCCUACGCCACACGCCACACCGAAUGUAAUCCAAGGAAACAAAUC